AUGUCCAACAUUCCGCGGAUCGAUGUUCACCACCAUAUUAUCCCUCCACAGCUAGAAGCACUACGCUAUGCUUUUGAUACGUUAAAGGCCGAUGGAGUCACCUUGUUCACCAGCUAUGCCACUCCCCAGGGAUAUCUCGGACACUCCGAGUAUGUCCCAAUCUGGGAAGAGCUCAAUCGCCGCAAAGCCGUUGUCUUUGUCCACCCGAUCAAUAAUGUCUCAGCUGUCUACUUUGACGACCGCCUUCCAAUGCCUGCUUUUGACUGGCCCCAUGAAACAGGCCGUGCAGCCAUGGACAUGAUUCUCAACAGACGUCUCGAACAGUUUCCCGAUGUUAACAUCAUUCUGUCACAUGCUGGUGGAACACUUGCUGCACUUGUCCAGCGAGCGACGAUGAUAGCUCUCCCUGAAUUUGGAGAGCUAAUGAGCGCUGAGGAUAUUAUUAAGCAGGCAAAGCAGUUUUACUUUGAUACCGCGCUUUCGGGAAGUCAGGAGGUGUUUCAUAUGAUUCUGAGCUUCGCUGAGCCGGGACAUUUGCUUUUUGGAAGUGACUUUCCGCAUGCACCGGAGGAACUGAGCAAAGGUUUUACUAAGUUUGUUGAUAAUUACUCGUUGGCAGAUGAGAAGAAGAGGGAUGUUUACUACGAAUCAGCUUUGAAGCUAUUCCCAAGACUCAAGAAGAGUUUCCAUAAAGAUUAG